AUGCUCUACCUCCACCUUUGUAUCGGACAAUACGCCGGCCAAACUGCUGAUAUUGCAUUCCAACGAUUGAUGCCAAUUACUUGUGGUUUGGGAUGGGCUUUCGUGUUUGCUGGUAUUCCUGUGAUUAUUUAUCAUAACAUUAUUCUCACUUGGUCGCUGCAAUAUCUAUGGUAUUCAGUGCUUUCUAUAGUGAUUUCCGACGAUCUCCCAUGGGAAAAUCGAAUUAAGGAAGUAGUAUACAGUCAUGAACCUGCACUCACGAAUGUCUAUGAACCACGAGGUGCUGAUUGA